CUGUUUUCCUGUUGGCCGACCGUUUGGGACGCAUUGCGCAGGCGCAGCGGAGAGAAAACGAAAGGCGACGCUGAAAGGAGCUCCGGGAAGACGGGCGGAUUUGGGAGACACAGCGGGCGGAGGAGCGACUCCACCUCGCGAUCGACUCAUCGGCCGCCCCGGGGACUCCGUCCCUGAGAGACACGCCCUGUCCCGGGCCUACCGGGCGAAGACGACCGACUGAAUUCUCAGCGCUUCGAACAGAAAGCUCCUCAGACACUGAGAGAACCUCUCAGGAUUGGACGUCAGAAUGGCGGGGGAGAAUGAAAACCCGAACCCGGGCUCCCGGAUCAUGACCUUCUACCCGACCAUGGAGGAAUUCCGCAACUUCAAGCGGUAUAUAGCGUAUAUCGAGUCUCAGGGAGCGCACCGCGCAGGGUUGGCCAAGGUGGUCCCUCCCAAGGAAUGGAAGCCUCGGGUCUGUUACGAUGACCUGGACGAUCUGGUGAUUCCGGCGCCCAUUCAGCAGGUGGUGACCGGCCAAUCCGGACUCUUCACACAAUACAACAUUCAGAAGAAACCAAUGACCGUCAAAGAGUUCAGACGUAUCGCUAACAGUGACAAGUUUUGCACACCUCGCUACGCUGACUUCGAAGACCUGGAACGCAAAUACUGGAAGAAUCUGACUUUCAACGCUCCAAUUUACGGUGCAGACGUGAACGGGACUCUCUAUGAUAAGCAGCAUGUGGAUGAUUGGAACAUCGGCAAACUGAACACCAUCCUGGACGUUGUGGAGAGGGAGAGCGGCAUCACCAUAGAGGGUGUGAACACCCCAUACUUGUACUUUGGCAUGUGGAAGACGUCCUUUGCCUGGCACACUGAAGACAUGGACCUGUACAGCAUCAACUACCUGCACUUCGGGGAGCCCAAAUCAUGGUACGCCAUUCCACCUGAGCAUGGCAAGAGACUGGAGAGAUUGGCCAAAGGCUUCUUCCCUGGCAGCGCUCAAAGCUGCGAAGCAUUUCUCCGUCACAAGAUGACGGUCAUCUCGCCCUUCAUCCUGAAGAAGUACGGCAUCCCCUUCGAUAAGGUCACUCAGGAAGCUGGCGAGUUCAUGGUCACCUUUCCAUACGGCUACCAUGCUGGCUUCAAUCACGGCUUCAACUGUGCCGAGUCCACCAACUUCGCUACAUUGCGAUGGAUCGAGUACGGGAAGCAAGCUGUUCUGUGUUCCUGUAGAAAAGACAUGGUGAAGAUCUCAAUGGAUGUGUUUGUGCGCAAGUUCCAGCCCGAGCGUUACAAACAGUGGAAAGUGGGAAAAGACUUCACGGCUAUCGACCACACCCAGCCCACCCCGGAAGCAGCAGAGUUUGUGGAUGAACAUAAUGAAUCUGAACAAAAGAAAAGUGUGACCAAACACCGCAUCGGAACCAAGCGGCACCGGGUGUGUUUGGAGGUCCCAGAAGAGUUGAACCAAAAUGAGGAGGACUUCAAGGAGGUGCCGUGUGAAAUGGAGACCACCUGUGUGAACGAAGUCAAGGAGGAGGAGUGCAGCCCGGAGGACACAGAACCAGGGUCUUCUGGACAACAAUAUGAAACUUUGAAAAAUGUAGAAAAUUAUGGCAUGCCAGAAAAUUACACUCCAUACUCCAACCCGGCCAGCCCGUCCUCCAGUGCAGACAGCUCCUCUUCAUCGCAGGACAGCUCCGCGGACAGUGCGGCCUCGUCGGACACGGAUUCUGACUCCCAGCAGAGAUCUAUGUCUAGGAAGAAGAGCGGUGCACACAGCUAUUCCAAAGGCAAAUCUGCAGAGCAGAAGAAAACCAGCUCCAUGGGCAGCUUCACCGAACAUGAACUGAAAGAGGUUGCUGAGAAGCACAGGAACAUGCAGGAGCACCAGAAUGCCAAAAGCAGAAGACAGCCCCUCUGCAAACUCCCCCGUUACCACCCGUUGGUGAUGAAGGAGAGCGGCAGUGAAGAUGACCAGCCUGAACAGACUCUGAAGGAUGAUGAGUUUGAAGAGAUGGAGCCCUGGGCCAAACCCCUGAGCCAGCUGUGGCAGAACAAACCUCAGGCCUUCCAGUUGGAGAGCGAAUACAACCUGGCCUUGUCUCGGGUCCCUCCGCACUGCUCCGUGUGUCUGCUCUUCAGGACAUAUUAUCAGUCGAAUUGUGAAGCUCCAAGCACGACUGACACGACCCCUGUAGCUUUCCAGCUGAAAACAAAGCCACUUAUCCCUGAAAUGUGCUUCACAACCACCAGCUGCAACACCGACUUGAACCUGUCGGCUCCGUACCUGGAAGAGGAUGGAACCAGCCUACUGAUCUCCUGCAGAAAGUGCAACGUUUGUGUGCAUGCAAGUUGUUAUGGAGUGUCCAAAGAUAAAGCCGUGGAGGGCUGGAUGUGUUCUCGCUGUGAGGAGGAUGCCAUGACGCAGGACUGCUGCCUGUGUACUCUUAGAGGUGGAGCGUUACAGAAAGCCAACGAUAACCGGUGGGUGCAUGUCAUGUGUGCAGUGGCCAUCGCUGAAGCGAAAUUUGUGAACAUUGCCGAGAGGCGUCCUGUAGACAUCAGUAAAAUCCCCUUGAUGAGGUUCCGGCUGAAAUGUGCUUUCUGCAAGAAGAGGCGAAAGAGGGUGGCAGGGUGCUGCGUCCAGUGCUCACACGGCAGGUGCCCCACGUCCUUUCACGUCUCCUGCGCCCAGGCCGCUGGAGUGAUGAUGCAGCCGGAUGAUUGGCCCUUUGUGGUGUUUAUAACCUGUUCCAGACACAAACCCUCCCAGAAUGAGGGAAAAGAUGCAGACAGAGACAUCGUAUUGGGACAGACGGUAAUCGCCAAGCACAAGAAUGGCCGCUACUAUCAGAGCGAGGUGGUCAAGCUGACAAAGGAAACCUUCUACGAGGUCAAUUUUGAUGAUGGCUCUUUCAGUGACAAUCUCUUUCCAGAGGAUAUCGUGAGCCGUGACUGUCUUAAUUUGGGUCCUCCAGCCGCUGGGGAUAUUGUUCAGGUGCGCUGGACAGACGGCCUUGUGUACGGUGCAAAAUUUGUUGCAUCGCACACUAUUCAGAUGUACCAGGUGGAGUUUGAGGAUGGUGCUCAGCUCCCAGCAAAGAGGGACGAUGUGUACACUCUUGACGAAGAGUUGCCAAAGAAAGUAAAGUCCCGUCUGUCUGUGGCAUCCGACAUGCGCUUCACGGAAAUCUUCACGGAGCAGGAAGUGAAGCAAGAGGUGAAAAGACAGCGAGUCAUCAACUCCAGGUAUAGAGAGGACUACAUUGAGCCCGCCCUGUACCGCGCCAUCAUGGAGUGAAGUUGCACUGCUCGGCCGCUCCACAUAGGGGGGGGGCGGCGCACAACCCUGGCCAACCGUCUUGUUCUGUUGGGACCUUUAUAUCUUUACUGUGACUGGACUCUUUCCACCUUUUUCAGAUACUGAGGCCCUGCCAUCUCUUUGCAAAGCAUGAUGGGUAAAGGACAAACUUGGAUGAACUGUCCCGGGUCUCGGCACCAACUUUCUGUAGACUUUAUUUUUUUUGGCUUUUGAGCUUGCAGAGGUUAUUCAUGGCUCUACCUACUCUUGGAACAGUGUUACCAAUAUCCCCCUUCUAUGAUGGACUCUCUUGCCUCACCCUCUGUAGCCAACCCCCCCUCCAGGAGCCUUUGCAAUCAACUUGACAUUGAUGGGAACUUUUUCUUUCCUCUCCCCCCUCUCGCUAAUUGCUUCAGUUUGGACAUUUAAAGGCUGGGUUGACUUUUGAUAUUUGUGGCGUUGUAUGAAAUGGACGUGUUCUUGCUGAUUAAAUAAACUGCAGAUUAACAUGA